AUGGACCGGGUUUUGGAGUUGUACGGUGUGGAUGCGGCGAUCGCGUUCAGCGGCGCGGAGGACGUGCUACUGGUGGAGCUAGCGGCGAGCACGGGCCGUCCCUUCCGCGUCUUCUGUCUCGACACGGGCCGCCUCAACCCCGAGACCUACCGCUUCCUCCAUCAGGUGGAGCAGCACUACGGCGUGCGCAUGGAGGUGCUGUUCCCGGACGCGGCGGCGGUGGAGCAGCUGGUGGGCGCCAAGGGGCUCUUCUCCUUCUACACUGACGGCCACUUCGAGUGCUGCUCCGUGCGCAAAGUGCAGCCGCUCAAGCGCAAGCUCCGCACGCUGCGCGCGUGGAUCACGGGGCAGAGGCGGGACCAAUCCGUGGGGACGCGUGCCAACGUGCCACUGGUGCAGGUCGAUCCAGGCAGCGAGGGCGCGGGCGGGGCAGUGGGCACACUAGUCAAAGUCAACCCUCUCGCCCUCGUCUCCGGCACCGACGUCUGGCACAUGCUGGAGGCGCUAGAAGUCCCCACGAACCCUCUCCACGCGCAGGGGUUCACCUCCAUAGGCUGCGAGCCGUGUACUCGCCCCGUGCUGCCUCACCAGCACGAGCGCGAGGGGCGCUGGUGGUGGGAGGAGGCUGGGAGCAAGGAGUGCGGGCUGCACCAGCCGUCGUCCGGCUCUGCUUCCGCCAAGGGCGCUGAUGCUCCCACGGGCGCGUCCGCCGCUGCUGCGCUGUCCGCGCUGGCGCUGGCGCCGUCGGUGGGGCCGGGCGGGCUGGCGACGCGGGGGCACACGGGCGUGGGCACACGUGCUGCUGCUGAGGCCGAGCUGGCUGCCGCGGAGGUGGCGAGGCGGGAGGAGGAGGAGCGGGAGCGGCAGAGGCGGAGAGAGGAGGAGGCGGAGGAUAUCUAUGUGGAUGGGGGCGUGGAGGAGCUCAGUGCUAGGGAUGUUGAGCUGCUGCUGUUGCCCGCAGCAGCAGCGACCCCGGAGGAGCAGCAGAGGGCGGGGGAGCUGGCGGCGUGGUCGUGGCUGCUGGUGGUGUACGCGCCCUGGUGCCCCUUCUGCCAGGCGCUCGAACCCGCCCUGCUGCACACCGCGGGCGUGCUGCAAGGGGAAGAGGGCACUCGCACACGCGUCGCCAAGUUCAGGGGCGAUCGGGACAUGCGGCAGUUUGCACGGGACUCUCUAGGCGCUGCGUCCUUCCCCACCAUUCUCUCCGUGCGCCCACGCCACAAGGUGCCGCAGGGGCAGGCGCAGCAGGCAGCACUAGUGAUGAAGAUGCGGGGCGAGAGGAGGGACUCGGACUCUCUUCUCAACUUUGUCCGGCAGCUCAGCUGA